AGCUUAAUCGCGACUCGCACAAAGCACUUAUUCGGCACCAAAUUUACAAUUCACUAGUCUAGCCCCAGGUCACCAGGUGCGGUCUUGUCACAAGCUUCAACCGUGCGCGCGCCUGCGCUGUGCAAACGAGUCGACGAGGAUCCGAAGGUGAAUAAUGGCGGGCUCUACCGCUGCACUUUUCAGCGGAAUCGCAAAAGAUCGCGUAUCGGCGAGUAACCCUGCCAGCUCUGGCACCGACAUCGAUGCAGACCGUUGUGCUGCUCUGCACAACACCCUCACUCUGUAUGGUUGGGUCUGCUCGGGCAAAAAGAUUUCUACCCUCACCAAGCGAACCUGGUGGAGCACACAUGGUAACGAGAGACUGAAGCAAAUACUGCGCCCCAAACUGGUCCGAUACCUGUCCAAGAUUUUUGAGGUUCCCAACUACAAUUUUUUCUACCAUGUUUCCGGUCUGGCCACCCCGGCGCACAUGCUGGGCUUGGCGGAUGUGCUAGAAGAUCCGGACCACGACCAUGACGACCCUAAAGAGGACAAGUAUAGAUUUGUGAUCAUCUACAAGAGCUCAGAAGCUCUUGUGACACAGCCCGCGGGCAUAGUCUUUGAUCAGAAGACUGGGAAGGCACUCCUGAUGCCCACAUACCACCAUGUAUUUGACCUCAGGAACCCAGAACUACCAUGGCAAAGAAUGGAAGCAAUUCUGAGUGCGUACAUCGAGAUGAUCGAAGCUGAGAAGGCAGUGGCAAUCCACGACGAAGCGACCAUCGAGGAGCCCAAGACGGACAUCACGGGAGGCGACCUGGUCCAGAAUAAGACCUUCGUUCGUUACAAGACACGACCUUGGAUACUGCAGCCCUACACCCUCGAAGAUCUGCACGCCUGUAUUGACACCUGGGAUGCGCUUGUGUCCGCGAUUGAGAAAAACGCCGGGAUUUCGAAAGCACGACCAGAUCCCGAGGGCGAGGAUUACGACCCAGAAGACGAAGCGCCUUUAUGUUCACGAACUGCCCUCAAGAUCGCCGGCAUACCUCGAGGGUUUGCCUACGAGAUUCUCUCUCAUGCGCGACAAUCGGAUAUCUGGUUCAUCGCGCCCGGCAUCCGCCUACCCAAGGUUGAGGAAUUCCUACAACAACCAUUCAAGCACAUCCCGCAGCAAUUCCCCAAGGAAACAGCAGGCAUGAAAGUUCCCUUCUUGUUCUUACGAUGUCCUGGCACUGUUAGCGCCAAGGAAGCCAAAUUCAGGUAUCCAUUUUCGACGGUGGAAUCAGUACCUUGUGGACUGUAUCUCGAUGCAUUUCCCAACGCGCAGAACCCAUUCGAAGAUGCAUGCCGACUGGUCUUGCCCAUCAAACUGGGCGAUCGACGCCAUUAUGCCCGAACGUCCGAUGGGAGGCCCAUCCUGAAAAGUCACAGCGAGCUGUAUCAGACGGGAAUCAAUCCUUUCGUGAUGCGGCAUGGACCGAAGUUGUCUGCAGUGCUGCAGAAUUGGCGCUCGCAUGUGGAAAGUGGUCAUUGGAGUGUGAAUGAGCGAGGUGUGGAAGGUGGCGUGGGAGUUUGGAGACAAGCUGAUACGAGAGAGAAUUGGUGGCGCUACCAGAGUGAGCAUCUCGUGGUCUAAUCGAAGCGGAGAGCGGGUACAUGGCAGAAAAAUAGGAAGAUGAAGCAUGAAUUCCAACCAAUACAAAUCCUUGACUUGAU